AUGAAUUAUUUUCUUGGGUUCAGAGUGGUUUUAGUGACCAUUUUGGUGGCCUUGGCCUCAGCAGAUACUUUAGGUUCUAGUACUAAAAACUCUAGCAGUCGAGGAGUUACCUACAUGCAGGAAAAGAGCCAGUUGCUUCAUAGACAAAAGCGGUGGCUCACAUUUGAACUGGGUUCUUCCAUGACUAUCACUGCCAACUGCGCUAAAGCCGUUUUGGAUACCAUACCUAGAGGCUUGCUGUUCCUGGCCGAGAUCACAAGUCUGUAUGAGCUGCCGGCGGCUAUAGAAGAUUGGAUACCGCGACGCGUGGGUAAACCAAAGGUGAAACCGGCUCCACCGCCGCCUCCUCCACCACCGCCUCCACCGCCACCUCCACCACCACCUCCACCAGAUUCCUCUGUGGUGCUUAGACCGCAGCCCGUAAUUGUUCCCCUUAGCCCCGCAGAUCCCAUACAGUCUUUCUACUUUGCCUAUCCGGGCGGCAUUCCCAACCUGAAUCGUCGCAAAUCCUAUUCACAACAGCGGCAGGCAGGAUGUCCGGCGUCGCAUUUGGUCAAGGAUAUGUAUGGAACCUACUAUUGCAGACCGUCGGCCAUGUCAAGGAGACUCAAAAGGGAGUUGGAGAGCCAGGGAGCCACGGUGAUCAAUGAGGCGCAGAAUCCACAGGGUAUGCUUUUUGAUUUGGUCACCAUGAUGGCUACGAUGUUUAAUUAUCAACCGACCUAUUGCAUCAUGCGAACCCUGUGCGAGGCGCGUCAUCUGUUGGCUCCGGAGGGCCUGACGCUCUUCCACGACAUCUUCCGCAUCAUGCUGCGCUACGUGCAUCCGGAGAUAGCCCACAAGCCCAAGUAUCGGGAGGCCUUCACCGCCGGCCACUCGCUCCACGAAUGCGCCAGUCUGUAUGGGCCGCAUUGCCGGCAGAGUUUUCUGUUGCUUUUCAGCGAACGCUUUCAGGAGAAAUAUGUGCGUUGA